AUGUAUUUCCCGGCACGAAAUUGUGCCCCCAUCGUGUCGGUCGCCACGGGCAUGAUAUCGCACCGCGGUGCUCCCUCCGCUCUAGGAAGACUUGGCCUUUCGGGGCGAAACCGGUGGGCUGCGGCACCCGUUUCCACAUCCAGACACAUUCGUUCGCUCUCACAAAGAUCUUUGGACCUUGGUUCGGGGUUCAAGGUAUCUGGAUCGUCACCCGCCACAAGACCGGCAUGCGCUGUCCCCAUCCAGUACUUUGGAUGCUCGCAGACCAGAAGCUUCAGCAGAGCAGACCACACCCAGGUCUCAGGCGACAACCAGAAGACCGAGGACCUGUUGGAGAAAUUUGAAGUUCAGGAAGGAAACCAAGAGGCCCGUCCUCAACACACAGUGCUCCAUGAAGAUCCGAAGGACAGGAACUCCUUGGCGGAAGGAGACAAAUGGCCAGAGCGGAUGACAAAAGGCAAAAUGUUGACGACACCAUCGCGACUCUUCAAAUUGAUUGUUCCAUUAACAACAAUUGCCAACCAGGAAAUUGAACCCAUAGCUAUCCUAGUCCACCCUCAACAACCACUAUCAUAUUUGGAGAGAUUGAUUCAAUCCGAAGUACCUCCAAUCAUUGGCCAUACCGACAAGCUUCGCCCGCCUGCCGUAUCCUUCAUUGCCCUGCAGCAUGAGGACAAUGCCAUCAAACCCAAAAAGAAGAUCGAAGAUGAGGUCGACGUGGAUGCCCACCAAAACAACAAGGACCAGGAUUAUGUCCCCGGCAACGACGGCGUCGGCGGCAGUAGGCCAAAAGGCAGCCGGCCGAUCCAGCGCAAACGAUCACGCGAAGAGGACGCGGAGACGAUCAGCUAUCCACGUGUGCCCAGUUCUGACGAUAUUCCCGACGGCGAACCCGAACGUUUCGUCCGCUGGUCCCAAGCUACCGAGGUCGGGGACUUUAUUCGAGAUGCUGCGCGGGCCGGCGAAUUCAUUGUCACCAUCGAAGGUGCACCAGAGGGCCUAGGACAGAUUCGAGUUGCGGUACCUUCUUUCAACGAACGCACCUACUACCUGCGCAUGCGGCUACGCAAGCUCGCGCGCCGCAUUCAGACAAUGGCGAAUGUCAAGGAACGAUGUGAUGCACUUGCGCAUCGCGGCGCGCAGCGUGUUGCAAUGGGUGGAUUCGGAAUUUUGGCUGUUUGGUGGCUCACGGUCUACCGGUUGACAUUCGAGACUUCCCUUGGAUGGGAUACUAUGGAGCCCGUGACUUAUCUCGUCAGUUUGUCAACGCUGAUGGGAGGUUAUCUGUGGUUUUUGUAUCACAACCGAGAGAUUUCCUAUAAGUCUGCGCUUGACUUCACCAUCAGUGCUAGACAGAAGAAGUUGUACAACCAGCACAAGAUUGAUCUGCAACUUUGGGAGUCUCUCAUUGACGAGGGUAAAUCGCUCCGCCGGGAGAUCAAGAAUAUUGCCGCCGAGUAUGAUGCCGAAUGGGAUGAGAGAGCCGACGAGCAUGACCAACGUGUCACAAAGGUUCUCAAGUCGGAAAACCGAGAAAAGAAAGAAAAGAAAGAUUCUGAUGAUCAGGAUGGCAAGUCUGAUUAG